ACAACAACAACAACUCGUUAGCCUUCUUAUUAUAGCUCAGUAUAGCUAGCGCACAUAUCUGGCAGACGGCUGGCUAGUUUGUUCAACUUGUUUAAUUAAAGUGAUGUCGGUAGCUAGCUACCUAGCUAGUCGUUUGGCUGACCAUUUUACAUUAUGUACAGGUAGUUCCCCCCGUAGCUACACCAUCCACUAGCGGUUUGCGUUCUGUCAGCCACCGAAUUAGACAUAAUUUUUACGUAGUGUAUUGCUGCUGUCCACGUUGGAUACAUUUCGUAAUUCCAGAGUGACUUUGACGAGCUGGCUCGGCUAACGCAAAGAGCAUCUCGCCUCUACCUCUCUGGCUGUUACAGACUAGUGGCAAGAGAGUUUCCAUCGUAACAGUGUGCAAGCUGCUAACAUAAUUAAUUUAGCGGUACGGUAGCGUUGUUGGAGCAAGAAACUAAAUAGAGGAACCAGAUUUUCUUUGUACUUCCUAUUUGUUCCUUGCCAAACAGAUCUGUAUAUUUUUUUAAUGAGUAAAUAAACAGACUCACCGAUUUCAUUGACAUUUUUAUCUCUGCAAGGAUGUCUAAACGAUUAAGGAAUAGUGAGCUAUGCGCGGAUUGCAGUGUGCCGGAGCCUCGUUGGGCUUCUGUGAACAGGGGCGUGUUGAUCUGCGACGAGUGCUGUAGUGUUCAUCGGAGUCUGGGCAGACACAGCUCCCAAGUGCGUCACCUGACUCACACACCAUGGGCUCCUACACAGUUACAGAUGGUUCAGAUGUUAUACAACAACAGUGCAAAUUCGAUAUGGGAACACUCUCUACUGGACCCAGCAUCUGUGAUGAGUGGGAAACGCAAGGCCAACCCUCAGGACAAAGUACACCCAAAUAAGACAGAGUUCAUAAAGGCCAAAUACCAAAUGCUGGCUUUUGUCCACCGGAUGCCUUGUCGAGAUGACGACAGCUUCACUGCCAAGGACUUAAGCAAGCAACUUCACUCCAGUGUCCGAACUGGUAACCUGGAAACAUGUCUGAGGUUACUCUCUCUGGGAGCCCAGGCCAACUUCUUUCACCCAGAAAAAGGGAAUACGCCGCUGCAUGUGGCUGCCAAGGCAGGCCAGGUGUUUCAGGCCGAGCUGCUGACAGUCUACGGGGCCGACCCCGGCGCCCCCGACACCAGCGCCAAGACUCCCAUUGACUAUGCAAGGCAAGCUGGCUACCAUGACCUGGCUGAUAGGCUGGUGGAGAUUCAGUAUGAACUUACCGACAGACUGGCUUUCUAUCUCUGUGGAAGAAAGCCUGAUCAUAAAAAUGGCCAACACUUCAUCGUCCCACAGAUGGCCGACAGCAGUUUAGAUUUAUCAGAACUGGCAAAGGCAGCCAAGAAGAAACUCCAGUCUCUCAGUAAUCAUUUGUUUGAGGAGCUGGCGAUGGACGUGUAUGACGAGGUGGACAGACGGGAGACGGAUGCAGUAUGGCUGGCGACACAGAACCACAGCACGCUGGUGACAGACACCACCGUGGUGCCUUUCCUUCCCGUGAACCCAGAGUACUCAUCAACACGAAACCAGGGACGGCAAAAACUUGCGAGAUUCAAUGCACAUGAAUUUGCAACACUUGUCAUCGACAUAUUAAGUGACGCGAAGCGUCGACAGCUGGGAAACUCUACGAUGAGUCCCAAAGAAAACGUUGAACUUAUCCUAAAAAGCGUGAGCAUCCGGCGCGGCAGUGAGGGUCUGGACAAUGAUCAGCCGGACUACGACAGUGUGGCCUCUGACGAGGACACUGAUCAGGAGCCACCCUCGGGCAAGGACCGGACCAAGAGUCUGGACUCGGACCUGUCAGACGGACCUGUCACGGUGCAGGAGUUCCUGGAGGUGAAGCACGCCCUGUCUGCCUCGGAGGCCAAGAUCAAGCAGCUGAUGAAGGUCAACAGCAACUUAAGUGGCGAACUGCGACUGAUGCAGAAAAAGCUGCAUUCUCUGCAAAGCGAGAACACGUCUCUCAGGCGACAGGGCCCAACCACCCAUAUCUAUCAGGUCCCCAUCAGCAGUGGGUCAGAGUACACUGACCCUCCUUCCUCCAGCCCCUCGGCCAUGAAGCGCCGGCAGUCAGCGCGGGCCAGCCGGCCCAUGUCCAUGUCUAUUUAUGAGACUGGCUCGGGCCUGAAGCCCUACCUCCCCAAGGGGGAGACCCCCUACCCAGAGGAGGGUAUCCCCACCCUGCAACCCUUCCUCCCACCUCAUAUGGGAAGGGGUGCUUUUGUGACCUCUUCAUCCCUCCCCUCCUUCCCAUCCACCCUGUCCUGGUCACGGGACGAAAGUGCUCAAAGGGCCUCCAAGAUGGAGAAACAGAGCAGCAUGUCAGACGGUGACUAUGACAACACAACCAAUGACUCUGAGUUGGAGGACUCAGGUGUGGGCAGGAGGGGGAGGCUUAGGAGCAGUGGCUGGCUUGGGGAGGGCAGCUCCAUCCCUGAACUGGAUGAUCUUGAAGCCGAGCCAGACUCUGCGCUCCCCAGCACCGAGGAUGUCAUUCGCAAGACGGAGCAGAUCACCAAGAACAUCCAGGAUCUGCUCCGCGCUGCACAGGAGAACAAGCACGACAGCUUUAUACCCUGCUCCGAAAGAAUACAUGUGGCUGUGAUGGAAAUGGCUGCCCUCUUUCCCAAGAGACCACGUUCGGAGACAGUGCGAGGUCCCCUGCGCCUAUUGACGUCCAGCGCCUUCCGGCUCCAGGGAGAGUGUCAGAAGGCAGUGCCCUCAGAGGGAGGUCCAGGGCCUGACUUGCAGCUGGUCACCCAGCAGGUUAUCCAGUGUGCCUAUGACAUCGCCAAGGCGGCCAAACAGCUUGUCACCAUUACCACCAAGGAGAACAGCAACUGACCAUUAUAACCACUGCCGCCCGUCGCAGGCCUUUUAGAUAUCUGAAGGCCCGAAAUGUCUCCACGUAUUGUUCAUCCUUUAACUUUGUUGUAAAAAAUCUAUAUAUAAAAAAAAAACAUUUUAUUUCUGUUUUUAAUGUGUAUGUGAUAUUUGCAUGUCAUUUUUUAUUUAAAGACAAAUGUACGCAUUUAUAAAGAGUGUUGAAGUUAAAACAUUGGGACAUAAAGACAACUUAACUUGAGCUAUGGGAAAGUGUCCAGAGCUCUACUAACUGCAAGGGAGAGGCUGUACUAGUAGAUUUAUUUCUAUGGACUUGAUUUGUCGUGAGCUACUUCAGGAAUCUACAGUACAGCCAGAUACUGACAAGAUGAUUGUGGAGAUCCUUCGUCGCUAAUGUGCAGUUUCUAAACCGCACUUCUUGAUAGUUAUUUUUUUGUGGUUCUAGAUAUGUCUUCCUCGCCCACAAAGACUCCCAACUAUCGCAUAUACCCUCCUUAAGGCUUGUCAUCCACUUUGAUGCUCUUUAUCUGAACCAGGAGUCUCAAACCGGCGGUCCCCAGUCCAGCUUGCGGCCUGGAAGUGAAUUUAAGAAGCCCAUUAUACAAAAAUAAAAGGGAACACUAAAAUAACACAUCCUAGAUCUGAAUGAAUGAAAUAUUCUUAUUAAAAACUUUUUUAUUUACACAGUUGAAUGUGCUGACAACAAAACCACACAAAAACUAUCAAUGGAAAUCAAAUUUAUCAACCCAUGGAGGUCUGGAUUUGGAGUCCCACUCAAAAUUAAAGUGGAAAACCACACUACAGGCUGAGCCAACUUUGAUGUAAUGUCCUUAAAACAAGUCAAAAUGAAGCUCAGUAGUGUGUGUGGCCUCCACGUGCCUGUAUGAACUUCCUACAACACCUGGGCAUGCUCCUGAUGAGGUGGCGGAUGGUCUCCUGAGAGAUCUCCUCCCAGACCUGCACUAAAGCAUCCGCCAACUCCUGGACAGUCUGUGGUGCAACGUGGCAUUGGUGGAUGGAGCAAGACAUGAUGUCCCAGAUGUGCUCAAUUGGAUUCAGGUCGGGGGAACGGGCGGGCCAGUCCAUAGCAUCAAUGCCUUCCUCUUGCAGGAACUGGCUGUGCAGCCCUCCAAAGAAAUGCCACCCCACACCAUGACUGACCCACCGCCAAACCGGUCAUGCUGGAGGAUGUUGCAGGCAGCAGAACGUUCUCCACGGCGUCUCCAGACUGUCACGUCUGUCACAUGCUCAGUGUGAACCUGCUUUCAUCUGUGAAGAGCACAGGGCGCCAGUGGCGAAUUUGCCAAUCUUGGUGUUCUCUGGCAAAUGCCAAACGUCCUGCACGGUGUUGGGCUGUAAGCACAACCCCCACCUGUGGACGUCGGGCCCUCAUACCACCCUCAUGGAGUCUGUGUCUGACCGUUUGAGCAGAGAUGCACAUUUGUGGCCUGCUGGAGGUCAUUUUGCAGGGCUCUGGCAGUGCUCCUCCUGCUUCUCCUUGCACAAAUGCAGAGGUAGCGGUCCUGCUGCUGGGUUGUUGCCCUCCUACGGCCUCCUCCACGUCUCCUGAUGUACUGGCCUGUCUCCUGGUAGCGCCUCCAUACUCUGGACACUACGCUGACAGACACAGCAAACCUUCUUGCCACAGCUCGCAUUGAUGUGCCAUCCUGGAUGAGGUGCACUACCUGAGCCACUUGUGUGGGUUGUAGACUCCGUCUCAUGCUACCACUAGAGUGAAAGCACCGCCAGCAUUCAAAAGUGACCAAAACAUCAGCCAGGAAGCAUAGGAACUUAGAAGUGGUCUGUGACCUGCAGAACCACUCCUUUAUUGGGGGUGUCUUGCUAAUUGCCUAUAAUUUCCACCUGGCCCAUGGGUGGUUUAAUCCCCCCCCCCACUACAGAAAAACCCUAUAAUGAGUAGUUGUGUCCAAACCUUUGACUGGUACUGUAUAUAAACUCAGCAGGACCCUGUCUUUCAAAGAUAAUUUGUAAAAAUCCAAAUAACUUCACAGAUCUUCAAGGGUUUAAACUCUGUUUCCCAUGCUUGUUCAAUGAACCAUAAACAAUUAAUGAACAUGCACCUGUGGAACGGUCGUUAAGACACUAACAGCUUACAGACGGUAGGCAAUUAAGGUCACAGUUACGUAAACUUAGGACACUAAAGAGGCCUUUCUACUGACUCAAAAACACCAAAAAAAGAGCCCAGGGUCCCUGCUCAUCUGCGUGAACGUGCCUUAGGCAUGCUGCAAGGAGGCAUGAGGACUGCAGAUGUGGCCAGGGCAAUAAAUUGCAAUGUCCUUACUAUGAGACGCCUAAGACAGCGCUACAGGGAGACAGGACGGACAGCUGUUCGUCCUCGCAGUGGCAGACCACGUAACACCUGCACAGGAGCAAUACAUCCGAACAACACACCUGCGGGACAGGUACAGGAUGGCAACAACAACUGCCCGAGUUACACUAGGAACACACAAUCCCUCCAUCAGUGCUCAGACUGUCCACAAUAGGCUGAGAGAGACUGGACUGAGGGCUUGUAGGCCUGUAGUAAGGCAGGUCCUCACCAGACAUCACCGGGAACAACGUCGCCUAUGGGCACAAGCCCACCGUCGCUGGACCAGACAGGACUGGCAAGAAGUGCUCUUCUCUGAUGUGUCGCGGUUUUGUCUCACCAGGGAUGAUGGUCGGAUUUGCGUUUAUCAUUGAAGCGCUACACCGAGGCCUGUACUCUGGAGUGGGGUCGAUUUGGAGGUGGAGGGUCACAGCAUCACCGGACUGAGCUUGUUGUCAUCUCAACGCUGUGUGUUACAAGAAAGACAUCCUCCGUCAUGUGUUACCCUUCCUGCAGGCUCAUCCUGACAUGACCCUCCAGCAUGACAAUGCCACCAGCCAUACUGCGCGUGAUUUCCUGCAAGACAGGAAUGUCAGUGUUCUGCCAUGGCUAGCAAAGAGCCCGGAUCUCAAUCCCAUUGAGCACGUUGGAUCGGAGGGUGAGGGCUAGGGCCAUUCCACCCAGAAAUGUGAACUUGGGAACUUGCAGGUGCCUUGGUGGGCGAGUGGGGUAACAUCUCACAGCAAGAACGGGCAAAUCUGGUGCAGUACUUAAUGCAGCUGGUGGCCACACCGGAUACUGACCGUUACUUUGAUUUUGAACCCCCCCCCCUUUGUUCAGGGACACAUUAUUCAAUUUCUGUGGAAUUUGUUCAGUUUGUCUCAGUUGUUGAAUCUGGUUAUGUUCAUACAAAUAUUUACCAAUGUUAGGUUUGCUGAAAAUAAACACAGUUGACAGUGA